GAGAGGGGCCGGGAAGUUUGCAGGGUCCCGGGCUCCCGUUUCCCUGCGCUGCUCCAGCGGUGGAAGUGACUGGGAUGGGAUCCCCGCACUGGAAACGACUCUGCUUUUUGCUCCUGGCGGGGUUAACGUCUUCCCUGCUCCUCUACAGCCACUACUACACCACGGUGGAGUCACCCACCAGCCAGAGGGUCAUAGCCAGUCUGCUGCAGCCAGAGCCACUGGUCCUGGCUCCGCCGGGGACAUCGCGCCGAGCUGGCGGCCGCAGAUGGAACCUUGGAGGUGGCUUGGAGAGUGGGAAGUCCUUCAAGCCUUCUGCUGAGCUGGAGGAGCCCAAGCCCAGCAAAAAGCAGCCAAGCAGGUGUCCCCGCUCAGUGGUGGCCAGAGCAAAGGCAGACCCCACGUUUGGGGAGAUCUUCCGCUUUGACACCCCCGUGCUGAUGUGGGACCAGCACUUCACCCCAGAGACCUGGGACAGGCUGAAGACACGACACGUCCCCUACGGCUGGCAGGGCUUGUCCCACACAGUGGUGGGCAGCACCCUCCAGCUCCUCAACGCCUCCGCCAACAGGCACCUCUUCGACCGGGACGCCUUCCCCGGGGGCUGCGUCCGCUGCGCCGUGGUGGGCAACGGUGGCAUCCUCAACGGCUCACGGCAGGGCAAGGCCAUCGACGCACACGACCUGGUCUUCAGGAUCAACGGUGCCGUGAUCAAAGGCUUCGAGGAGGACGUCGGGACCAAGAUCUCCUUCUACGGCUUCACGGUGAACACCAUGAAGAACUCCCUCAUUGCCUACGAGGAGUAUGGCUUCACCCAGAUACCCCAGGCCAAGGACCUGAGGUACAUCUUCAUCCCCUCGGACAUCCGUGACUACAUGAUGCUGAAGUCGGCCAUCCAGGGCAGCCCAGUCCCCGAGGGCUCGGACAAGGGGGACAAGCCACAGAAGUAUUUUGGACCAGAGGCAUCUGCAGAGAAGUUCAAGCUGCUGCACCCUGAUUUCUUGCAGUACCUGACAGCGAGGUUCCUGCGGUCGGAGCUCCUGAACACGCAGUACGGGUCGCUCUACAUGCCCAGCACCGGCGCCCUCAUGCUCCUCACCGCGCUCCACACCUGCGACCAGGUCAGUGCCUAUGGGUUCAUCACCUCCAACUACGAGCAGUUCUCAGACCACUACUAUGAGCUGGAGAAGAAGCCGCUGGUGUUUUACGCCAACCACGACAUGAUGCUGGAGGCAGCGCUGUGGAGGAGACUGCACCGAGCAGGGAUCAUCACCCUCUACCAGCGGUGAGGCUGCCCAGUCGCCCACCGGGGCAAGUCCAAGGACUCCUGUGGCUCUUCUCCUCUUUCCUGAAGGCCACCACCUCCCUCGUUGAGGGAUCUCCCCAACUGGCCAACCAGCCCAAGGAGCAGGCCCUCCACACCGCAGCCGGUGUGAUGGUCAGGGGCAAGCUGAAGCUGGUAGAGAAAUGUUGCAUUUCCUCGGGGAUCUCCAGCAACAUUUCAUGGCUCGAUGUGAUUGAACGUGGCCUUUUGGGUGCCAAGAAGCACCGAGACACGUGGCUGUGACCUCUCAGCCCCACAAACACAGCUGGGAAGCACAGAAGGAGCUGGAAGAGGGUGCUGGAGGUGUGUGUGGGGCAGCCUCUGGCUGGAAGAACGCCCUUCACCUUGCCAUUAUGCCCCAGCUCAAAUGUUCAUCGCCGUGGUGGGACCAGAAUAAGCAUGAGGAAUCCUUGCACUGGAGACUGGAUUGUCUUGCUAACAGGAAGGUGGUGUGUUUGGAGAACAUCUUCCUCCCCGCCCGCAGAAAGCCUGAACUCUGGCCAGGUUGACAUGUGCCACUUUCCAGAAGGAUCUGGUUGUCUCCAUGAUUGGUGAGAGACAGCGGCCCAGCUGCCCUCUCCUGUGACAGACAGAGUGUGUCCUGUCAUCUUCCCCUUCCUAGGACGUGGUGUUUUCAAACAAGGAAGAGUUUAAAGCCAACAGCAGAGAGUAAGGAUACUGCAGCUCAGCUGGGCCACCAGAAACGUGGCUGGUCCUCAAGCAGCCUGGAGAUGUACCCCUGUGGUACUGGAUCUGUUGGGCUUUUCAUGCACAGGAUCCAUGUGGUGCCCUCAAUGUGCUCUGAGAAGGCAGCCCCGAGCCAGGUGGGUCGGGAGACCUGCUAGCUCGUUGGGCAGGGUUAAGUGACCAUCAUUCUUAAUUAUUUUUCCCAAAAAAACUCCCGAAGGAGGUGAAGUUCUUGCACCCUUCAGCCACCCUGGAUAAGCCAGCGCUGCUGAGGCUACUCCAGCUGGUGGUGGCCGGGGCGUUGACAUGGGCACAGCAGUGGGAGCUGUGUCACCUGAGACACUUCCCCCCUUUGUGUAAUUACAUAAAUGUUGAAUGAU